AUGGAGAUCGUCACCCGAGCGGGAUUGCUUCCUGUAGCACCAGCCACUUCUCAGGGUGGAGGAGGAUCCCAAACUCGUGCUACACGUACUCCGGAGCAGUUGCUCUUAGAUAUGGUCGACUUUGAUAUCAUUCUGGGUAUGGAUUGGUUAUCACCCUAUCACGCUAUCUUGGACUGCCAUGCCAAGACUGUGACAUUAGCUUUACCGGGUAUGCCUCGCUUAGAGUGGAGAGGGACUCCAGGUCAUUCUACCCGUAGAGUCAUAUCGUACGUGAAGGCUCGACGCAUGGUCAAGAAUGGAUGUUUGGCCUACUUGGCCUAUGUUCGCGAUUCCAGUGCCGAGAUCCCUCCCAUAGAUUCUGUGCCUAUUGUCCGGGAGUUUCCCGAUGUUUUUCCUUCAGACUUGCCGGGUAUGCCCCCCGAUAGGGACAUCGAUUUCUGUAUUGAUUUGGCUCCGGGCACCCAGCCCAUUUCUAUUCCGCCAUACCGUAUGGCUCCGCCGGAGUUGAAGGAGUUGAAAGACCAGUUGCAGGAUUUGCUAGAUAAGGGUUUCGUUAGACCUAGUGUCUCGCCAUUUCUGGGUCACGUUGUAUCAACUGAGGGUAUUCAGGUGGACCCGAAGAAGAUAGAGGCAGUCAAGAACUGGCCUAGACCAGCAUCAGCUACGGAGAUUCGGAGUUUCUUAGGGUUAGCAGGCUACUACUGUCGGUUUGUGGAGGGGUUUUCAUCUAUUGCAGCCCCGAUGACCAGGUUGACUCAGAAGGGUGCCCGGUUCAGAUGGUCGGAGGAGUGUGAGGCGAGCUUUCAGAAGCUCAAGACAGCCCUG